AUGGUUCCCUCGCAGAACGCUUCCAAUGUGACCGGGAACUGGACCAAUCAGUUCGCGCAGCCGCCGUGGCGCGUGGCGCUGUGGUCGGUGGCGUACAGCUCCAUCCUGGCGGUGGCCGUGUUCGGGAACCUGGUGGUCAUGUGGAUCAUCGUGGCGCACCGCCGGAUGCGCACCGUCACCAACUACUUCCUGCUGAACCUCGCCUUCUCCGACGCCUCCAUGGCCGCCUUCAACACGCUGAUUAACUUCAUCUACGCGGCGCACGGGGACUGGUACUUCGGAGAGGCGUACUGCAAGUUCCACAACUUCUUCCCCGUCACCUCCGUGUUCGCCAGCAUCUACUCCAUGACCGCCAUCGCUGUGGACAGGUAUAUGGCCAUAAUUCACCCGCUGAAGCCUCAUCUCUCAGCCACGGCCACUAAAGUGGUGAUCGUGUGUAUCUGGGUGUUGGCUGUGGUGCUGGCGUUCCCGCUCUGCUUCUUCUCCACCGUCAGGAAAUUACCCAGAAGGACUCUGUGCUACGUGGCGUGGCCUCAACCCGGGGACGACCCCUUCAUGUACCAUAUCAUCGUGAUGUUGCUGGUCUACAUGCUGCCUCUAGUGGUGAUGGGAAUCACAUACACCAUCAUCGGCGUGACGCUGUGGGGAGGAGCGAUCCCCGGAGACUCGUCAGACAAUUACCAUGGGCAACUCCGCGCCAAGAGGAAGGUGGUGAAGAUGAUGAUCAUUGUAGUCGUGACCUUCGCCAUCUGCUGGCUGCCGUAUCACAUCUACUUCCUGAUCACGGGUCUGAACAAGGCGCUGGCUAAGAAGAAGUCCAUCCAGCAGGUCUACCUGUCAGUCAUGUGGCUGGCCAUGAGCUCCACCAUGUACAACCCCAUCAUCUACUGCUGCCUGAACAGCAGGUUCCGAGCGGGUUUUAAGCGAGCGUUACGCUGGUGCCCGUUUGUUCGCUUGUCCAGUUACGAUGAUCUGGAGCUGAGGGCUACGCGCAUGCAGGCGACACGCCAGAGCAGCAUGUGCAUGCUGUCACGUGUGGAAACCACCAUGAUGGUCAUGAGCGACGCCACAGAGGGCUCCACCAAACGCAAGAGCCUCAUCAACCACCACCUCCACCACAACCACAACGGCUGCUCUCACUCCACCAAGAGAAGCACAACGUACACACCCAGCAACCCUCACGACGACUUCUGCUGACGACGUUCUUCUGCUGUUCAUUCGUAAGAAUUCUUAACAAGCAUUUGAUCAGAUUCAUCAUGCGGUCCUUCUGUCCUUCAGCUUUAACAUGAAGACUGUAAGAUAUUCAUGGAAUCUUGUAAAGUUACACACUAUUAAUAUUAACAUUAGCGUGAAAUUAGCCAGCACCAAAAUUGACGUAGUUUGUUAGAAUUCGUACAAACGUUUAUGUGAGCGAGUUGAUUAAAUGGAGAACAGAGGUUUUGCGUAACGUAAUCGGACAAAAUUGUUACAAUCUUACGAAUUCUGUGUGAGAUCCGGUUGGUCCACGAGGAACAGCAGUGAUCUCCCUGGACUUUUUUUUUUUCUUCAUUUCUGUUCAUUUUCAUUUUUUUCUUCAUCACUGGAGGCCAAAAAAGCAUCAAAACAUCAUGUUUCAUUCUAUCACUAAUAAAACACCAUAGUGGUGUGAAGGCAUGUGGGGGAAAAUCAUCUUUAUUCAUUCGCCUGCUUCCCUCGUGGUGUUCGGGUUAUUUGUUAUCGUUAGAAGAAGGGUAAAAAGGAGCUUUGUUUAAACUCUCUGUUGGCUUGUUAUCUCGGCCCAGUGUUGUUCCAGAAUCUUCCAGCCCUAACAGCUAUUUGCUCAGAUAACUCCUGCUUUUUCACGGGAAAAAAGAAAGUGAUGAAGGCUGCGUUUCCCAAACGAUAAUCGUUAAAUGUUAGAGCAGAGCUCCCGAGUGGCACGACAGAAAAGCCUUCACACUAAAGGUAGAGUGAGCAUCUCUCUCUCUCUCUCUCUCUCAUACUUUCUCUCUCAUACUCUCUCUUUCCCUCUCUCUCUCUCCCUCUCUCUCAUACUCUCUCUCUCUACCGCUCUCCCUCUCUCUCUUUCUCCUUCUCUCACUCUCUCUCUCCCUCUUUCAUACUCUCCACCUCUCCCUCUCCCUCACUCUCUCUCUCCCUCUUUCAUACUCUCUCUCUCCCUCUCUCUCUCUAACUCUCUCUCUCCCUCUUUCAUACUCUCUCUCUCUCUCUCUCUCUAACUCUCUCUCUCUCUCUCUCCCUCUCUCGUUCUCUCUCUCUCCCUCUCUCUUUCUCCUUCUCUCACUCUCCUUGUCUCUCUCUCCCCCCUCUCAUACUCUCUCUCUCCCUCUCUUGUUCUCUCUCACACUCUCUCUCUUUCUCCUUCUCUCUCUCACUCUCUCUCUCGCUGUCUCUAACAGUUAAGAUAUUAACAUUACAAUACACAGAUUUCUAUAAUCAGCUGUUUAUCUUUAAUAAUUCUGACAGAUGCUGCUGAAAUCUUUCCUUUGUUUUCAAUAAAAAUGCCUGAAAAACAUUUCUUUCCACGGCUAUAAAUAGAAUUUAUAUUAUUUAAUUUAUAUUAUGAGGGUUAGUUCGAUGAAAACCUUUAAAAAUUUUUAGUCUAAUUCCAAUUCUACUGAAACAAAAUAAUUACAAAAUAUUACAACUUUGAUGUAGCAAAAUGGCCGAGUAGACAUAUUUUAUUUUCACAUAUUUUUAAAAAAAAAUUGUAAAAAUCUAUUAAUUAAAUGCUAAAUAAGUUCAUUAUUUUAUCUAUAUAAAAUAAAAUAUUAUAUAUUAUAUAAUAUAUGUGAAACUGUAAAUAUUCCAGACUUUUAUUAUUACUCAGAGGGGUGAAUGGAACAUUCCGGCAUAACACUGGACUUUAAAGCUGAUUUGACUUAAAAUUAAAACUAAAAUCAGUCCUGAAUCCUGUGUUUUGUUCAUUUUUUCCGUAAAUUAGAGUUUUUUUGUUUCUUUAUGGUUUAGAUUUAAAUAGUAUAAUGUAUAUAUCGAUACUGCUCUGCUACCAAACCAUCAUUUCAUAUUGUAGCUGUUUAGGAUUCUGUGUCAGUGUUUAGUGCUCGAUUUCAGCUGGAGAUCUCGGACACACACACACACACACACACACACACACACACGCGUCUCGAGAUCAGAGAGCUGGAAUUGCUUUUCAAUGACUUCACAGUGUCGUGAACAUAAUCACGUUAUCCACAGCGGCGUGGCGCUCGGCCUUUGUGAACAAACCCAAACUCUUGGGAUGAUGGUUUAUUUCCCAGAGGAGUGUGUUAGCUUGUGUUGUUUAGCUCGUUGUUUAGCGUCGCAUUGUUUUGCGAUACGAUGAAUUUUAACAGCGAGUUCAGAGCUUUGGGUUUUUUUUUAUUGCUUUAGAUUUCCAUCUGAAGAAAAUAAACGUCUCUCUUUUUUUCAAAUAGUACUUUUGUUUUUUGUGUAAAUAUAAUUAAGUGUAUUUUACUAAAUUACUUAUUUUCAUUUCUUUCUUCUUAAAAUGAAGCUUUACACUUUACACAUUACAACUUCAAUGUAUUUCAAACCAACCAACAACUAUAAAAUGGUUCAAAUAGUUCAUUUUAUAGAGUUAUUAGCAGUCAUAACAUUUUGUAAAAUGUUACUUAAGCGUGAAGUUCAUAGGGCUACAUAUCGGCUACAUAAGUGCUGCAUGACAACUGACAUAAACCAAAGUAAACAUUUAUGAAGCCUUAUUCCAACAGCCAUCAGAAUUCUUUCAACAAUUUUGACGUCAAGUUGUCAUUAGACUUUAGGAUGUUAUGACUGUUCUACUUUACUUUAAACCAUCAUAACAUCAUCGUAGGCUUUAUAAAGUGUUACAUAAACCUAUAUAGACAUUUAUAAAGCCUUAUUCCGACAGCCGUCAGACUGCUAGACUGCUUUUGUACGUUUUAUGUCACUUUGACAUUAGGCUGUUAUAACACUUUCUGGGUUGAUUUACAUUAAUGCAUCAUAGCAGUGCUGGUAUGUCAGACUCACAUAGUGGUUAUAAUGUGACAUAUAUCAUAAGAUUAAUAAGAUUUUUUUUUUUAAAUAAAAGACAGAGUUAUGUAUUUACUAUUACCAUUAAAUCAAACCAAUUUAAUUUCACUACUUAUGUUUAUAAAGACUUAUGACAGUGCCAUAGAACCAUAAUGACACUGUAAUAACAGAGAUAUGUACAAGUUACCUUCUCUGGCUCUGAUUAUAGUAUUUAUAAGAUGUUUAUGAAAACCUAUGACACUACAAUGACACUUAUGUAUAUUCUCUUUGUCACUUAAUAAAUAUUUAUAUCAUGUUUAUGAAAACCUAUAAAACUAGAUUGAGAUUAUAAUGACAUCCUACUGAUGUUAUAAAUAGUUAUGUAUAUAUGUUUCUAUUCACUAAUAAUUACUUAUAGCAUAUUUAUGAAAACAUAUGGCACUACAAUGACACUGUAAUAACACCUUAAUGAUACCAUCACAGCAGAGUUAAUGUAUAUUUGUUCUCUGUCCCUUAAUUAGUAUUUAGAACAUGUUUAUGAAAACCUAUGACACUACAAUGACAGCAUAACGACAGGGUUAUGCAUAUAUUCUCUCUGACCCUUAGAUAAAAUGAGUUAUGUUGUAUUGUUUAUAAGAUAUUUAUAAGAUAAACUUAUGUCAACUGUUAUGUCAACUUGACGGCCAAACUGAUAAUCACAGCCUUCAGUCAGCUGAUGUGUGUUGGAAUAAGUCUUAUAUGUUUAUGUAUGUUUAUGUCAGAUGUCACUUAGGAAGGGCUAAUGUAGGUGUUAUGUAGCCUUAUGAACACAGCCCUUAUGUAAUGUGCUAAUCUUUUAUUAAGAAUUCAAUGAAUUGAAUUAUACAGAUUACAGUGGCCUGGUUUGAACCUUUUAAAUUUUUCAAUAGUGUGGGUUGAGAUUGCGAUUAAUGACACACACACACACACACACACACACACUCACACUCACACACACACACACACACAAUUACAUUUCAGCACCGCUGACACAAGCAGAAUACUAAAAUUUGGGUUUUAUUCGCUUCUUUUAAAAUGCACUAAUGGAUGCAGUUAAGCCCUGAGCUGAAAGCAUACGUGCACCCACCCACACACACACACACACACACACACACACAGACAAACACACACACACACACACACACUGAAGUCCAGGAGUCUUACCGAGCUCUCAUCAGACCACACUGAGAAUUCAAGUGUAAUGGAUUUUUUUUUACGGAUGACAGACAUCCACCUGUGGCCUCUAACACACACACACACACUCACACAGACACACAAACACACACACAGACACAAACACACACACACAAACACACACACACAAACACACACACACGUUACUGGCAAUUCAGACGUAUUAGAUAAAUCGUGUGUAUAGCUUUUGUAUUGAAAUGAAAGACAUGUACAGUAAAUGUUCAUAACGCCUCUUGAUUGACGUAUUGUGUAUAAUUUAAUGUAAAUAUAACGUAUAGAACUGCGACUAUAGGAACCAAAUAACACCGCCGGCGCUUUUCCAUUCGCACAUACGCUAUAGAAUGAGCGGUAUAGUGAGACGGGAACGUGUCCUGAAUGCGUAAGCGACGUGAACUCAGCUCUGAUGGAACACAGAACAUGUUCUGCAUUAAACCCUUUAAAACCUUUACAUUAUUUUUUUAAUUUAAAAAAGUAAAGAAAUGAUGAUUAAAUUAUUAUUCUCUUCAUAGAAAGCCUUUGUACAGUACCUCACUCUCCUUGGUUUUUAUUGUAAAACCUCCACCAUGUCACGCACUUUAUCUUUACCUCAUGUGAAUGUAAUCUGAACAGCAAUCAUACUUUCUCCACACUUUUUUCUGUAAAUAAUGCUCAGACAUGUUGAAAGUAUUAGCCAUGACAUGAUUGUAGCGCAUGUGUAUAACAUGUCAAGUCUGUUACUUAUAGAAAUUAAAGGUUUUUUUUUUAAUCGUGAAGUCAUAAAGCUGCAUCAAGAUAGCAUUUUUAUUCUUAAAGGAGCUGUAUGUGAUUUUUUAAAAUUUAAUAAGCGCCCCC